AGUUAGUAACAUUGCACAAUUAGCGCCUUCCUUUCAUCCCCCAUGGCUACAAUUGCACAGUUCAAGCUUUCGAAACAAGGCGGGCUCACUCGUCGCCUGACAUUUCCUACUCAUCCUAGUUGGGCCGUUCUAUCCUCAAAGAUCAAUGAAACGUUCGGUAUUACAACCGAUAAUAUUGGGGUGUCCUACCUUGACCAAGAUUUGGACGAAGUAACUUUCAGCUCUGAAGAGGAGUUGCAGGACUACUAUAGUACCCUCGGUGACGCCAAAUUCAAACUCAUCAGACUUUCGGUACAAGACCUCAGCUCCCUUAGGUCCACUGAUGUAGCGCCCUCCCGCCACCACACCGCACCCCCACAGCAAUCUCACUUCCGGAACACAUUCGGAGAACAGGAGUCGCUACCUUUCAUUUGGGAGGUUGAUGACGAAUGGCAGCGUCUCCCUGGUAGCCUUGGUAGUCUUUUCUUGUCUAGUGACUCUCCGGAGAGCCCACACGCGUUCGUGGAGGUCCUCGAGAGUGACGUCAGUGUCUCCAAGAAGUCUAAUAACACAGACGAAGAAUCCGCCAUCGGAGGUACUACCCGCUCAAACGAGACGUUUACUAUGCCUACUUCCCGCGCAGACAAGGGCAAGUCCCGCGUCGCGAUGCAGCCUACAGUUGAAGACGAUGCUUUGUCCACCGAUUCAAUUUUCGGCGAUGAUGCAUUACUGCAGCCACAGACCCGUGUUUAUGACUCUGAUCAAGCUUCCACGUUUGGCGGUGAUGUCAAGUCUGUCUCGGUCGAUGGGACAGCGACUCCCGCCCAGGCUCAGAGUACCCCCGUCAUUUCUGGGCAGGUUCUUCCCGAGGCUGUGCUGAAAUCCACCGAAGAUUCCAACACAGCCAUUAUUGACGACCCUGCCCUCCCCACUUUGGGCGCCACAGGAGCAUCAACUCUCACUCAUGACGUAGCUACCUUCUUGAAGGCAGUUUCCGGUAUCAUUUCCUCCCACCCAGAAUUAUCAGAGGGUCUUCGUAACAUCGUUUCCAAUGCUACAAAUGGGACAUACUGGACUGCGCAUCGUGAUGCACUCUCUCGCGCUGCCGAGCGUAUUCAGCAGGAAACUGGUCGGACCGUGGAAGAGAUUCAGAAUGCGGAAGAGGAGGCUAGCGCCAGGGUUGCAGAUGCCCUUGGUGGAAUUUUCCGUGUCGUCGGCGAAGCCGUCCAAACUGCUAGGACAACGACUGAGCCAUUCCGGCCACCUCCCGCUGAAGAUGUACCCACAGCUCCGGAAUCUGCUCCUGAGCCUCAGUGCUCUCGUCCUCGCGAAUUUCCCACAUAUCCGGGUCCUCCUCCUCCAGGUCAUUUCCACCCUCAUCCUCAUCAUCACUGGGGCGCUCCCCCGCCGCCGCCGCCUGGUCGCCGUCAUGUGUGGCCUCGUCCGCCUCCAUCCGCUCGGGGUUCUUUCGACGAGCCCCAGGAGGAGGAUAGUUCACAUCCGCCUCAAAACUUUUGGGGUACUUUUAGGGGGCCCAAGGAAGUUGGUUCGCAUCGUCCGCAUGUGGAUCAUCACAAUGCAAUUCGUGCAAGGACAAGUGACAUCCGCACCACAUUGGCAGAAGCACGCAACCGGCGUCUGGGAAAUUUAGGGCUGGCCAUACCGGCCAUCCCUCCUCCCAUUCCUGGCGCACCCCCUGCGCCACCUGCACCCAUUGUACCACCCCCUCCUGCACUUCAGGGCGGAUUAUCUGGCUCCAGCAUAUUCGGAAGCACUCCACCCACUCAAGAGGAGCUCAGGGCUGAUGUUGAACGCGCCAAGGCCGACUAUAAGAUGCGCAAAGAGAGGUAUCGUCAAGCUAAGGCCAGCAGGAAAUCUGCAGAGCAACGCGAACAAGGACAGGAAUCUAGUGGAAGCAAUGAUGUCUCCGGGCUACCUGCCGUUUUCGAUGUGCCGGAGGAUCCCAAUGUGAGUGGUGCAGAUACAUCUGUGUCUCAAGGGCCUCCUGCGGCAACCCCGGUCCAUGAGCAGAUGUCAGUACCUCCAUCCACAGCCGUGCCUGCGCCCUCUCAGCCUGUCACACCUGCUGCACCUCAGGUUCAUAUCGUAAGCAAUGCUAGGGGCUUGUACCCCCAACUCGAGAUGUUCAGUGUCCCUAGGCGCAGCCACACCAUCGGACACACUGCACGCCGCGGCCUCGAGGACCGUUCCAGGCAGCGCAUCAUGAAGAAAUUGUCUGAGGUAUUCCUCUUACUAUUUUCUGUCUCUUCGAUAGCUUACGAAGGAUUUGUAGAUGGGUUUUACUGAAGGCACAUAUCCGAAACUGAACGCCAAGGUGUCGGAGCAGAUGGUCGCCCAUCCUCCCACUACUAAAGAUAUCGAAGAUGACAUUGUGACUAACUUGAUUGAGGAGCUUAUUCCUUCCUCUUUUGCACCUCGGGCUAGCAGCUCCAGGGAGCCCAUCCCUGGUGCUUGGGCCUAGAUGUGAUGUGAUGUUGUACGAUGUAUGAUGCGGACUCUUGAUUGUAUUCUUGGGUUUUAGUCUGAUUUUCUGACUGUUGUAUUACGAGUUCUUACAUCCUGAUUAGUUAUGCCAAAGUUAUAUCGUCGGUACAGUACUGUAAAUUCAAUGUGUUUGUGUAACGUUUGUGACUCUAUUGUCUUGAUGUCCUCGGAGGCCAUAAAUUUUUAUCGACUUCAAUCAUUGUCUUUGGUCGGAUCUUACACAGAUGAUGAUAAGAAAAUCACAAGAC